AUGUUUGUGUUCAGUUCUUCGUUUAUCACUCGGCGGGCUCACCUUGCUAGUAGGGUCUCGCAAAGAACGUCGCAGUUCGACUGGGUGACCGCGUACAGCAACCGAUGCGCGUGUAGCAAGCGCUUCCAAGCAGGACCCACUCACCGUACCGAGUCUAUAAGGCACAACAAUGCCCUAGGCCUUCAGAGUGCCACGAAAAGGGUCACUUUCUCUGACACGCUGGACGGGUCCGACCUCCGCAUCGGUCUGGUUCGCUCGCGCUGGAACGAGGAGAUCACAGGUUCGCUUCUGGAAGGCGCGAAAAGGACGCUUCGGGAGUGCAAAGUCUCCCCGGAAAAUAUAGUGGAGUUGGAAGUACCCGGUGCUUUUGAACUACCGCUUGGGGCGCGGCUCAUGAUUGAGACGCAGCGCGUUGACGCUGUCGUUUGUUUAGGCUGCCUGAUCAAGGGAGAGACAACCCACUUCGACGUUAUCGCGGACAAGGCGAGCGCUGCCAUCAUGCAGCUGCAGAUGACCACCGCUGUCCCUAUUGUUUUCGGAGUGCUCACCUGCCUUAGUGAGGAACAGGCACGUGCACGCGCCAUGGGCCCAGACAACUUAGCAGUCGAUUGGGCAAAAACUGCUGUUGAAAUGGGUGUUGUGAAAAAUGUGAUGCAAGGCAAGCGGCCCGCUGGCAAGGAGAGCAAGAAGCUGCUUUUCUAA